CCUUUCUAGGGUUUGUUUAUCACAAACCAAAAUAGCAUACGAAUUUCCGUUCCCGACUCUGUUUCUAUUCACACUUGCUAUUCAACUUUAUCUCCGGCGUAUCUCCGGUCAUUUACCGGUCUCCACCGCCUCACCCUAGGCCAAAUAAUAGUAGUGAAGUGCGCAUGUGUUAUGGUGUUAGUCUAGCAUGUCCAACAAUCUUGUAUCACAGCAAUUGCCGAUGCAGGGCAUCCAAAUGGGUCAGCUGGAACCCAUUUCAAACAAUUUACACUCAUCAAUACAAAUGGGAAUAAUUGGACAAGGGAUCAAUGGUCCUGCAUUUCAGCAGAUGUCAAUGCCAAAUAUGCAGAUGGGAAUGAUGGGGCCAGGUCCCACUGAUGCGCAAUCACAACAUAUAUCAGUGUCAAGCAACCAAGCACAGCCAUUUGAAACUAUGCCUAAUAAUAAUGUUUUGCAGAAAUUAUCAGGAUCAAACAUGCAAGUGGGACAGAUGGAUCCACAGGCAUACAAUCUGGCAUCAGAACAGUUCUUGUUACCUAGCAAGCAACUGGGAGAGAUGGAAACCCUGUUGAACAAUGUGGGAUCCCAGCAGCCGUCAAUGUUGAGUAAGCGAAAGGCACCUAUCGAACCCAUAUUCAACAAUCCUGGAUUGCAGAAGUUGUCAAUGCCUAACAAGCGGGCUGCACAAAUGGAGCAUAGGCCAUGGUUGCAGCAAAUGUCUGUACCAAAUAAGUUACCAGUGCAUAUGCAAUUGCAGUCCAAUUCUAACACUUCUGGUUCUCAGCGUUCGCAAGCACCAUCUAAGAGAUCAACUUCUAGCAAAGCUGGUCUGCAGCAGUCAUCAAUUCAGAGAAAUUAUAGUGGACAACCAUCUCCAAAGGUUCAAAAUGAGUCAUCUGAAUCUGUAAGAUCUAAGCUAAGAGAGUCAUUAGCAACUGCACUAGCUUUGGUUUCUCAGAAGAAGGAUAAAAAUGAGGCUGCUACUGCAGGACCAAUACAGGAAAAUUCCCAACCUUCUGAACAAACUUCUGGAACUGCUGAUGUGUCUGAAGAAUGCAGGGGAUCUUUGCCCACCAAGAUGGAUCCUUUAGCCCAACAGUGUAGUGCUGUUCAAUAUAUAUCUCAAGAAAUUUCUUCUAAUAAUACUGUUGAUUCUAUGCAGACCUCAAAAAAUGAUGGCCAUGACAGUCAGUCAACUAUUUGUUCACGUGAUGAGGAUGCUUCAUUUAGUGACAGUUUUUUUGUCAAAGAUGAACUUUUACAGGGAAAUGGGCUAUCCUGGGUGUUGGAACCUGUGAAGAUGGAAUUUAAAAAGGACGUUGGAACUGCCCAGAAACAGACAAAUCCAGAGGUUCUCUGCAUGGACAGUGAAGGACAAGCAGCUCCAUCACCCCAAAUUUUGGCUACUAAAAUCGAAGCAGAACUCUACAAAUUAUUUGGUGGAGUAAACAAGAAGUAUAAGGAGAAGGGCAGGUCUCUAUUAUUCAAUUUGAAGGAUCGUAAUAAUCCUGAAUUGAGAGAGAGAGUUAUGUCAGGAGAAAUUCCCCCUGAGAGACUUUGCUCUAUGACUGCAGAGGAGCUUGCAUCUAAGGAGCUUUCUCAAUGGCGGAUAGCAAAAGCUGAGGAGCUUGCUCAAAUGGUGGUAUUGCCUGAUUCAGAUGUUGACAUGAGACGUUUGGUGAAGAAAACACACAAGGGCGAGUUCCAAGUAGAAGUUGAACCCCAGGAUAGUGUCUCUGUGGAGGUUGCCAUUGGGGCAAGUUCACUUGCUCGUACACGACCCAAACUAAAGGAGAAGGAAGUCUCUUCGCCCUCUAAACCUGAUCAAAAGAAAGAUAAAGUAAAUGCUGCUAGUGAAAAAAAUAGUUCAGAGGACCGGAAUGUUCUCAUGAUACCUUCUAGUGAAGGGAGUGACUUGAUGCAAGGGCUUAUGGUGGAUGAUGAACUUAAAGAUGCAGAAUUUCUUCCUCCAAUUGUUUCCCUUGAUGAGUUCAUGGAGUCCCUUAAUUCAGAGCCACCAUUUGAAAAUUUACCUGUGGAUAAUGGAAAAAUGACACCUGCCUCUGACAAGGGUGAUUCACAAGUCAGCUUGGAAUCCAAGUCUCCUGAUGCAACUCCAAGAGAUUCACGUGACACUACCUCCGGUAAACCUGAUGUUAUGGAUGUGAAGAACACAAAAUUGGAUGCUGAUGAUAAAUCCACCGACAAUCAUGUGAAAUCAAACGUGGCACCUCCUCUUGCCAUGCCCAAGGGUGAACGUGUUUGGGAAGGCUUACUUCAGCUGAAUAUUUCAUCCACGGCCUCAGUUAUUGGCAUUUUUAGAAGUGGUGAAAAAACUUCUGCAAAAGAUUGGUCUGGCUUUAUUGAGAUUAAGGGGAGGGUGAGAAUGGAUGCAUUUGAGAAGUUCCUCCAAGAGCUGCCGAUGUCCCGAAGUCGUGCUGUUAUGGCUCUGCACUUUGUUUGCAAGGACGGGUCUACGGAAAGUGAGCGUGCAGGUCUCAGUGAGGUGGCUGAUUCGUACGUCAUGGAUGGGAGGGUGGGUUUAGCUGAGCCUGCCCCUGGAGUGGAACUGUAUUUCUGCCCACCUCAGUCAAAGACUAGUGAAAUGCUCGCCGAGGUCCUCCCAAAGGGCCAAGUUGAUACCCUUAAUGCUAUCGAUAAUGGUUUAAUUGGUGUUAUUGUAUGGAGAAAACCUCAAAUAACGUCAACAGUAUCACCCAACUGGGCGUCACAACAUAAACACAAUUCAAAAAAGCAUCACUCCUUUUCUAGAAGACAAGAAAAGGAUGCUAAUGUCAAUGUGAAUGUCGCGCCUAAACAAGCCUUACCCCGUGUUGGGAUUCCUGCCUGUACUAAACCUCAAUCUGAUGAGGAUGACGAUGAUGAUGUGCCUCCUGGGUUUGGCCCACCGGCCACUCGGGAUGACGAUGACUUACCUGAGUUUAAUUUUUCACGUGGCUCUGUUGCUUCAGGGCCACAGUUUUCCACCCAUAGUGUUACUCGGGGGCAAGGGAUGCCUCCCUAUCAAUUACAUUCGCCAAAACCAUCUCGACCUGUAGAUCAAAUGAGGCAGCUUGUGCAAAGAUAUGGACAAACUAGUGCCUCUCUAGGGAAUUGGCAGAAUAAUAGAAGUAUUGGGGUUGCAAUGCAACCAUGGAACGAUGAUGACGAUGACAUGCCUGAGUGGCACCCUGAAGACAACAAAACACAGAUUCCACAGCUACAGCCAGUGCAGGUGCAUGGCAUGCAACAGCUGAUGUUACGUUCUCAUAUGGUGCCGCAGACGCCACGUCCUCAAAUUGCUCCGCAAGCCAUGCCUUUGCAAACCCCAAUGAAUGUGAUGCAUGGUCAGCAAAACACUACCCGGUCGUGGCAGCAGGGCGCUUGGACAGUUCCUAGUAACCAUGUUAAUGCUGCCUAUCAGUCUAAUGGAGCGCCAUCUGGACUUGAAGCUGGGCAGCAUGGCACGGCCUGGCGUAGAGAUGCUCCCAAAAGUAGUGGGUUUUGAAAUCUUUUUUGUAUUGUAAAUGUUAGGUCGUUUUUUGUAUUUGUUUUUUGCAUAUUUAAGUUAAUUCUGUAGCGUUUUUAGGUUGCAAAAGUGUGUAUGAAAAUGGGCUGUCAAAGCGAGUGGGAAGCAAAAUACAAAGAGCCAUUUUUGUGCACGAUGAAAAUAAAUGUUGUAAACUUGCACUUGUAAAGAAUUAUUUUGGAGUUGUGGUUUAA